AGGAGUAAAGAAACUGAGUCUGCGAAACCAAGCUUCAGAUCAACUGGCAACACAGCCGAGGCUCUCCUCUGCACGCUGUCAACAAGACUACAGGGAGAUGGACAGAACCACACCCCAGAAGAGAUCAGUGACAAGGAAGGGGAAAAAUGCACCUAAGGCUUCCAGUCCCACCCCAGGGACAACCCCAGUAUCAUCACGCCAUCUUGCCUUAAAGACCAGCUCCACCUCGUCCCCUGAGCUGGGCAAGGAGGUGGAGGAAGGUAUGAAACAAGAGGAAGAGACCCCCACAGGGUGUAGUCCUCCGGGGGCAUCUUUUGGGGAGGAGGCGAGUGGCACUGAGGCCCCCACUGAAUCCAGCCCCACCCCAACCUCGUCUCCCACCACUGCCGUGGCACGAAGACAAAGGCAGGCGCAGGCAGCUUGCAGGUCCAGCAGUAUGGAGGAGAACAUCCCUGAAGUGCCUCCCACCCUGUCUCGUCGGAUCAAACAGCGGGCCCAGGCUGUUAGCCUGUGUCGGGCCAAUCAGCAGCGAGCUGCGGAACUAGUGAACCACCUGAGAGACAAGCUCCUGGACUUCCUGAAAGGGAACACUGAGCAGCCCUACUUCAGAUCUGUCAUAGUGCUCAACAGUGGCAGCUACUACGAGAUGGUGAAGAUAAAUGACCCAAAUGAGUUUGACAUGAUGCUUCUACUACCAACACCACGGCUAAUGUGGACUGAGCUGGAGGGGUACCACGGGCUGUUCUACAAAGUUUCCCUGAUUCGACGCACUCGCUCUGAGAUCCAAGCCUUCCUGCUUGAUGAUGAGCUCACCAUCUCUGCCCCCAGAAUCCUGAAUGAAAUGCGACGCCUGGUCAAAAAGUUCAUAAGCACUUACCGAGCCCCUGAGGGGGCCGGUCACUGGACGCUGAGUAGGAAGCGUCCAACCUCCCCGGCAGUGACGCUGGUGCUGAUGGAGGAGGAGCAGGUGGAGCUGCUGUCACUGGACAUAGUUCCUGCCCUGAAAGUGUCUGACAAACAAGCCUGGCCACAAGCCACCCAGUCUGGCUUGGAGGUGGAACACUGGUUAGGGAAGAAGGCGCGACGUGAACUCAUCAAGCAGCCCUUCUACUUUGUACCCAAGAGACCAUCGGGGCGCAACCUGAGUGAUGCUGCUAAGGAGAGCUGGAGGAUUUCUUUCUCGCACAUUGAAAAGGAAAUAAUCAAGAACCACGGCCACUCGAGGACCUGUUGUGAGGGCCCCACCAAAAAAUGCUGCCGAAAGCAGUGUCUCAAGCUGCUCAAGUUUCUGAUCGAGAGGCUUAAGACGCAAUACCCUCUGGAGCUGGAGCCUCUCUGCUCUUACCACGGAAAGACAGCUUUCCUGCACACCCUCUCUGCUUUGGGCCAGGACUCACACUGGGCACCCGUCCACCUGCCCGUCCGCUUCAUGUCGCUCCUGUCAGCCCUGGAGGACCACGCCUGCAGUGGCGUGCUUCCCCACUUCUUCAUUCCGGGCUACAACCUCUUCGCUCCCCCUGUCUUCCCGCGACGAGCGCUGUCCUGCCUGCGGGAGGCACUGGGGGAGCAGAAGAGGCUGGGACUGCCCCUCCUUCAGCCGCCCAGCCCUGCUCCACCACUCACUCUCCACCCGGACAGCCCACCAUCGCCACUGCCUGACACCCAGAAAACUGUGUCAAAGGGGACGAUCAUGGCAUCCGUAGCGGUGCUGUUUUUUUUUGCUAUUUUUUUUGUUCUAUAGAUGCCAGUCAAUAACUCAGUGUGUCUCCUAACUGAACAGCAUGCCGUGAUCUAUUCUUGCUAAUGUUCCCAGCUAUGAAGAUUUUCAUAAGCGGGCCCUGUGCACUACUGUCCCCUUGCAUUUCAUUGUUGUACAGUGCCAGACCUGUAUAAUUACAAUAACUCUUUUCCCAUUUCCAUCAGUAGCAUAUCUUUGGUAGAUCAGUCCUGUUUUUCAGUACCUUAUGGUUAAGGUGUUUUACACACUCAAUCACACAGAAAAUGGGAUUCUAGUCCAGCGUACAGGGGAUCUGUCUCGUUUACACAGUUACCCUGUAGUCAGAAAUAUGCAUGACAGUAAAUAAAAUCUUGGACAACAAUGGGAAUUACUUGAUAUACAUGCUAGGUGCUGAAAAACAGUGAAAAAUAUUUUGCAUAUCAUGUAGUUUUUGUUUUUGUUUUUCC